AUGGCCGCUUACCAACAAGAAGGGCAGAUGCAGCUUCCUGAUGCCAUUCGUUCACUUCUCGUCGAUACUUUCUCUCUCAUCGAGCAUUUGCAAGGCUUGAGCCAAGCUGUGCUGCGGCACACUAUCAGGGAGUUACUUGAUCCUUCCCGCCAGAAGAAACUUAUGUUGGGAGAUCAACACCAGCUAGUGGGCGUCUCUAUAAAGCCUCAACGUGUAGAACAGAUUUCACAUGCCCAGAGGCUGUUGAGCAGGCUUCAUGUGCGCUGCAGUCAGAGGCCACCUUUGUGGGCCGGAUGGGUCCUUGAGUGUCCUCUCUUCAAAAACUUCAUCAUCUUCCUGGUCUUUUUGAAUACGAUCGUAUUGAUGGUUGAAAUACAAUUGCUGGAAUCCACAAAUACCAAACUAUGGCCAUUGAAGCUGACCUUGGAGGUGGCAGCUUGGUUUAUCUUGCUUAUUUUCAUCCUGGAGAUCCUUCUUAAGUGGCUAUCCAACUUUUCUGUUUUCUGGAAGAGUGCCUGGAAUGUCUUUGACUUUGUUGUUACCAUGUUGGUAAGGAUAGAGAUCCUGAGGGUUCGUUUAGUGGGAUGAAGAAUGUACCUAGGUGAAUCGAAAGAACAAGAAAAGUUAACAUGAUAAUAGGAAGAAACAAAAAUUUACUUAA